AGGAGGAUCUGCUGCUGCUGGACUAACUCUCAGUGUGACAGAGGGUCAAAACUUGAGAUUAACUUCCUACAGUGAUGAUGAUGGAGGGAUCAGCCCGUCAGACUGGACGGAGGGAAAACAGAACCAGAACCCUGCUCUGGAUCUCCUGGGUUCUGCUGGUCUCAGUUGGAGCUGAUGGUGUGCCAUCCCACCCCGCCUCCACGCUCAGUGUCUCCGCCCCUCACCAGCUCUGGACGUGUCCUGAAGGAGCAACAGCGAAGCUGGAAUGCGCCCAGAGCGGAGCGGCAUCUCAUAGCACAGACAUCCUGAGGUAUACCUGGCUCUUCACGCCCCACUCCGACCAGCACUGCUCAGGGAGGGAGGGGCCGCGCCACACCAUUAUUGGCAGCCAUCCCCACGGAGACCACACCCUCCCCGCUGGGCUGCACUUUGGGAAGACGGAGAAGAGCUUCUGGAUGAGUCUGCAGAACCUGACUUCGGCCGAUCAGGGCCGGUACUGCUGCCUCCUGCUGGAUGUUGCACAGGAGCACGGACACAACGCCAUCCUGAAGAAGGCGUACAGUCACAUUAUCCUGCAGGUGGCGCCACGGAGGAACGGGUCCAAGGAAUGCACCAAAUGGGACUACAGCCCACCUGGAGGUUUGGCCCCUGUGGUGGUGGCGACCCUGGCCUGUGUCAUGGCUCUGCUGGCCCUUCCUCUGAUCCUGCUGCUGGUCUACAAGCAGAGAAACAUGCACAAAGGCAGACGUGGUCAGGAGCUGGUGAGGAUGGACAGUGAAGCUCCCGGUCAUGAGAACCCGGUGUUUUUCGGAGAGUCUCCUCAGACGAGGACUCGCACAGUGUCUCAAAUCAUGACCAGACAGCCUUCAGAGACAGGGCGCCACCUGCUGUCUGAACCUGGAACACCGCUCUCUCCUCCAGCACACGGGGACGUCUUCUUCCCCACAGAAGACACCAUCCCAGAGUCUCCUGACCUCCUGCAGGUGUGAGACCAACGAACACCAGCUGAUCCUGAAUUAGCUGAUUGGCUCCAUCAGCUCCACCAGCUAACCCUACCCCUCCUCCAAACUCUGCUGGACUCAUGGAGCUCGUCUCCUGCUCCUGGACCACAAACUCUGCCUCUGCUGCCGUGCCAUGUUGUUAGACGGUGCUGACUGCUCUGUCUCCCCACAUAUUUAACGAAAGCUUUAAGUGCACCCACAGCUGUAAAUCAAACCACCCGGCCCCUUCGACUCAGCCCUGGUUUGGGUAUCAUUAACCCCUCGUUGUAAAUCACUCAGUCAGGGGCAGAUGGUCAGUCAGGUCCCGCCCCAUGUAUAGACAUCACAUUCCUCCAAGCGGCAGUCUGGGUUUGAGUCUGACUAGUGGUUCCUUUCACUCAUGUCAGUCCCUACAGCAGAGAGAACAUUUCAGGAAGAUUUUACGGGCUGUCUGGAUGAAAAUUUUCAGGAGUAGAAGUUUUAGGAAAGCUCCAAACCAAAGGCAGACAUUCAACUAUUAAAAAUACUUUAAUGCCGUUACUAUCCCUCUUCCUCCCCUUCCUAAUUUUCCCUUACUCCCCCUCUUGUUUUCCAUCCCGCCUCUGAAUAUACACCUAGUCCUUCCUGUGCCCCAAAAUAUAGAGUAAAAAUUAUUGGAAAACUUUUGGGAUCAUUAUAACAUUUUGAGAUCAUGACUGGUGAUCAUUCAAACUUGCCUCAGUGCCUCCCUGUUCUCAGAUUUUCUGCUCGAUCUCAAAUCUUUAUUUCCUGUUCAGAACAUUCUCUUCUCAUUCAGGCAGAUUCUGAUUUUUUGUUGAACUUACACUCUCAGAUUUUACUCUGUGGCGGACGAAACUUUCUCUGAGCUCCAAGUAUUUCUGCUCUUAGAUUUUUUAAUGAACCAUCCAAUAGGAAGCAGGUAGAGGAUCGACCAACCGUGUUAACUCUGCCUGUUGUUGCUGGGCUUUGAUCUCGCCAGGAGAGUCCCAACAUUCCAUCACAUACACACCAGGGCUGAACAGUUUGGCAAAACAAUCAAGUUGUCAUUUUUUUACCCAAUAUUACAAUUUAUAAUGCAAAUAUUUUGAAGCCCUUCAUCUUAUGUAUUUCACAACAAACAAGCACUAAAUCAUUCCGUAUUAUAAGGACCCCAAUAUUCUGUAGAUUAAAACUGAGGCUGAACAAUUGUGAUAAAAUAUCUCAUUACAAAUAUUUUGACUCAUUGCAAAUUUGAAGGUAAUGAUAAUUUUAUGUCUUUCUUUUUUUUUAAUAAAAAAUAUAGAUAGAUCAAUCGAUUAUUAAUCCAAAUAAUCCUAAGCUAACAAAUUUACCCAAACCUGUACACAGAAGUGAAAACCUUAACCAUAAAAGUUAAAUAGGAAAAAAGAAAAUAAAAGUAAAUAGAUAAGUGGAAAUAGAAAAAUUGUAAAAAGAAAAAACCCAGAAAUUUAAAAAACUUAUAAACAACUUAAAAGUACGUUUUAGUCUGUACAUGAAUGAAAACUGGUAAAAGUUACAGUUAAGUAUGAUUUAAUUUUUUGUAAACUGGUCUAGACCAGUGGUUCCCAAAGUGGGGGUCGGGACCCCUAGAGGGGUCGCGAAGCAGUUUUGGGGGGUUGUGGGAUGCUUUCCUAAAAACAAAGAGAAGUUCAAUAUGAUUUAUAAUCAUACAUUUCUUAUAUUACUAUAAGAGAAAAAAUAAUGUUGAAAAGACUUCAGUUUAAAUAAAAAUGUAGUUAUCAAGUGACUUUUCUUCUUAAAUUGAAGUAAUAGUUAUAUAAAAAUACUUAAAUCAAAGUUUUUUAUGUGAUGCUAUGUGCAACACUGUGCACUUUAACCCCUUAAGGGAAGGUGGGGGUCCCAGAUCUCUGACGCCAUUAUUUAGGGGUCACGGCCUGAAAAGUUUGGGAACCCCUGGUCUAGAAAACAUUGACAUGUGAAGAGUGUAACAAAAUUAGUGUUAAACUGGUAUUUUGACGACAUUUCAGGUUAAAAAAAAAUUCCAAAAUUGCAGAAGGACAAACUAAAUUUGGAUUAUUUGUCCAAUUCUUUAUAAAAAAAUAUCUUGACUUCCAAGCCCUAUGAUUCCAACUCAAUUCCUCCUACAGAAUUCAUUUUGGCUUCAAAAAGCAGACAAUUUAUUCAGCUGUUCAUGCCGGAUUCACUUUUCUGUCAUCUUUAACAGAUUUUUCUUAAUCACUGUUAGAGUUUGAUGAUAGCUCACAGCCAAUGUGUGUGUAUGUGAUAGAAUGUUGGGACUCUAUUCAGCUAUGUUCACACUGCAGGCCUUCAUGCCCGAUUCUAAUCUUUUGCUGAGAUUUGAUUUUUAUGUUUGGCUUUUCACGCUGUGGUUGAUUUCCAAAAGAUUAGAUAAAAAUCUGAUUUAGCACCACAUACGAAAGUGGCCCGAAUCUGAUGUAAAAAAAAUCAGGUUCAAAGCGGCUUGUGCUGUUCACACUGUCAGAACAAAAGUCAGAUAUGAGUCACAAGUGAGCAAAAAAAAAAAACAGUUUUGAGUCACUGAACUGCGGCAUGAAUGUAGUCUAAGCAAGAUCAAAGCAAAUGUCUCCUGGAGAGCAGCAUAGCAACAACAAUAUGAUUGGUCCAGCCUCUACCUGUUUCCUAUUGGAUGGUUCAUCAAAGAGCUGAAAUAUAUUGAGAGCACAGAUAAAGUUUCGUAUGAAAAUCAGAGAUUUUGAAUUUGACAAAAAAAAUCAAUGUCAUGCUCUGAAAACCUUCAAAUGUGCUCUUGAUUUUUCCGAAAAUAUUGAUUUCAUAUCUUUUUAAAAAUAUAUUUUGCAAUAAUGAUCAUGUUCAUUCUUGUGUACAGAUUCUGUUUUCUCCUGAAUGCAAAGAUAAAACUUUUAAACUCAUUUCAAUGCAAACAUCUGUAACCAUUUUAACACGUCUGUGUUUAUUCUGUUUUUUUUCCGUCCAUGUAUGUCGAUUUUAUUUUCUAAAUGUCUUUAUAAUAUUUUAUCUUUAAUGUGCAAUCUUAGAGUAAAUAUUAUGAGAGAUGUAAAAUAAAUCAAGUGGAGUCAGAUUUAAAUACUUUUACUUGUUUCUGCUGUUUUUAAGGUCACAAUGUAGCAUUUAAAUGUUUAUAUAUGUUUAUGUUGGAAAGAUUUUAUAACAAACCAAAGACUGAUGUUUGAGUGUUGGUGGAUGUCAUUGUAUGAUGUUUUAAAUGUGUUUUUCUGUAUAAAAUCUUCUAUCUUUUAUAAUAAAGUCAAGCUUUAAAAUCC